AUGGCGCUCAAUGCUGCCUCACACAACGCUGCCGGCGAGAAGACCGGCCCUGUCACCGCUGCGCCUCCUGCCAUCAGCGAUGAGAGCAAGAAGGAGCUCCUCGAGGCCGCUAAUGCGGACGGCACCGGCCAGUCUGCGCCCGGACAAGAAAACGAGAAGGGCGUAGAGAAGAAGGAGAAGACGGCCAAGGAGCUCGAGAAGGAGCGAAAGAAGGCCGAGAAGGAUGCCAAGUUCAAGGCAAAGAAGGCUGCAGCUGGCGCUGCGCCGGCGAAGGAGGGUGCCUCGAAGAAGGAAAAGAAGAAGGGCAAGGAGGAGCAACAACUGCCCGAAUUCAAGGAAGAGACACCCAAGGGCGAAAAGAAGCGUCUCAGGAGUCUUGACGACCCCUUCACAAAGGCUUACAUUCCCCAGGUCGUUGAAUCAGCGUGGUAUGACUGGUGGGAGAAGGAGGGCUUCUUCAAGCCCGAACUCCAGGCCGACGGCACCGUCAAGAGCGCUGGCAACUUCGUUAUCCCGAUUCCUCCUCCCAACGUUACUGGCAAGCUCCACUGCGGACACGCCCUCGCCACAUCGCUGCAAGACGUCUUGAUCAGAUGGCACCGCAUGCGCGGCUUCACCACACUCUACUUGCCUGGUUGCGAUCACGCAGGUAUUGCCACACAAAGCGUUGUUGAGAAGAUGCUGUGGAAGCGCGAGAAGAAGACCAGGUACGACCUCGGUCGCCAGAAGUUCCUCGAACGUACACACGAGUGGAAGGAGGAGUACCACACGCAUCUUGUGCACUCUCUGAAGCGCAUGGGUGGAUCUUUUGACUGGACACGCGAGGCGUUUACAAUGGACAGCAAUCUUUCUGCCGCCGUAACAGACAGUUUCGUCAAGCUCCAUGAGGAUGGCCUUAUCUACAGAUCGAACAGGCUCGUCAACUGGUGCACAAAACUCAACACAGCGCUGUCAGCACUUGAGGUCGACAACAAGGAUCUCGCAGGCAGAACGCUGCUUACCGUUCCUGGCUACGAGCGCAAGGUCGAAUUCGGUGUCUUGACUCAUUUCAAGUACCAGAUCGAGGGCAGUGACGAGACCGUCGAAGUCGCGACAACCCGUGUUGAGACUAUGCUUGGUGACUCCGGAAUUGCCGUUCACCCUAACGAUGCGCGCUACAAGGACAUUGUCGGCAAGAAGGCCAAGCACCCCUUCCUCGACCGUCUCCUGCCCAUCGUUGCUGACGAAUAUGUUGAUCCUGAGUUCGGUACUGGUGCCGUCAAGCUGACACCGGCACACGAUCCCAACGAUUUCAAUCUCGGAAAGAAGCACAACCUUGAGUUCAUCAACAUCCUCAACGAUGACGGCACACUAAACAAGAACUGUGGCGACUUUGCAGGUCAGAAGCGAUUCGAUGCGCGUUACACGGUUGUUGAGGCUCUGGAGAAGGCCGGUCUCUUUGUCAAGAAGGCCGAUAACCCAAUGAAGGUCCCCAUCUGCUCGAGGUCUGGAGACGUCAUCGAGCCAAUCAUGAAGCCCCAAUGGUGGAUGAAGAUGGACGAGAUGGCCAAGCCUGCGAUCGACGCUGUGCGCAACGGCGACAUCAAGAUUCGCCCUGCGAGCUCAGAGAAGACAUAUAUGCACUGGAUGAACAACAUCCAGGACUGGUGCUUGUCGCGCCAGCUCUGGUGGGGCCACCAGAUUCCUGCGUACUUUGUCAAUAUUGAGGGUGGCGAUGGCGACCGCACUAGCAACGAGCUUUGGGUCACUGGUCGCACAGAAGAGGAGGCCCAGAAGAAGGCUGCGGAGAAGUUCCAGGGCAAGAAAUUCACCCUCGAGCGUGAUGAGGACGUACUCGACACAUGGUACUCUUCUGGUCUCUGGCCGUUCAGCACGCUCGGCUGGCCCAAUGAGGACUCCGUCGACCUCAAGAACCUCUUCCCCACAUCUGUCCUCGAGACUGGUUGGGAUAUCCUGUUCUUCUGGGUUGCUCGCAUGAUCAUGAUGUCGCUCCGUCUGACAGGGAAGGUUCCCUUCAAGGAGGUAUAUUGCCAUUCCUUGAUCCGUGACUCUGAGGGCAGGAAGAUGUCCAAGUCUCUCGGAAACGUUAUCGAUCCUGUUGACAUCAUGGACGGUAUUACUCUUGAGAAGCUUCACGCACAACUGUUGGUUGGUAACUUGGAUCCUAAGGAACUGAAGACCGCCGAGAAGUACCAGAAGACCUCCUUCCCUCAGGGUAUUCCAGAAUGCGGUGCUGACGCUCUGCGUAUGGCUCUUGUUGGCUACACAACUGGCGGUGGCGAUAUCUCUUUCGAUGUCUCCGUCAUCCACGGCUACAGGCGAUUCUGUAACAAGAUCUACCAGGCUACCAAGUAUGUUCUUGGUCGUGUUGGUGACCUUCAGCCCCGUGCGCAGGUUGAGAAGGGUGGCGAUGAAUCGCUUCCUGAGCGCUGGAUACUGCACAAGCUCACCACUUCCUCCAAGAAGAUCAAUGCUCAUCUCGAGGCACGCGAGUUUUCGCUUGCCACACAGGUUGCCUAUAGGUAUUUCUAUGAGUUCUUAUGCGAUACCUACAUCGAGAAUAGCAAGGCAAUCUUCGACCACGGCAGCGAGGCCGAGAAGGAGAGCGCCAAGCAGACCCUUUACACAGCCAUUGAGGGUGGUCUGACCAUGAUCCACCCCUUCAUGCCCUUCCUCACAGAGGAGCUGUGGCAGCGUCUGCCCCGCAGGCAAGGUGACAAGACUCCCUCCAUCACUGUCGCCUCCUUCCCGCAAUACAACGAGACCUUCGACGACGAGGCCGCCGAUGCCGAAUACGAGCUCCUCGUUGAUGUUUCCGGAGCUCUGCGCUCCCUUACUGCCGAGUAUGGGUUCAAGGAGGAUGGCAAGACCUACGUUCAGCCUCUCAGUGAUGGUGCACGCAAGACGCUUGAGGCCUCCACAUCCCUGCCUUCCAUCCGCUCAUUGGUUGGAAAGACCGUCGCCGAGAUCACGAUCCUCGGUCCGUCAGACCCCCUUCCCACCGGCUGCGCAGUCUACACUAUUGGCUCCUCCGCGACAGCAUUCCUCGAUGUCAAGGGCCGUAUCGAGGUCGACAAGGAGAUCACGAAGGCGCAAGACAGACUCAAGAAGGCAAACGAGACGGUCGAGAAGCAGAAGAAGAUCAUGGAUGCCGACUGGGAGGAGAAGGUCUCUGAUGCUGUCAAGGAGCAGGAGAAGGAGAAGCUGAGGGCGGCGGAGAUCGAGGGCAGGAACUGGCAGGCUAGCAUUGAGCAGUUCGAGAAGCUUAAGCUGUCUGAGUAA